AUGAGUGAUGAGGAGAUUACUUACACAACUGUGAGGUUCCAUAAAUCUUCAGACUUGCAGAAUCCAGAAAGGGCUAAUGAGACACAAGGGCCCAGAGAAGCUGGGCACAGGGAGUGUUCAGUCCCCUGGCACCUCAUUGCAAUACCUCUGGGAGUCCUUUGUUCCAUUCUGCUGGUGACAGUUGCAGUGUUGGUGACACACAUUUUUCAGUAUAGUCAAGAAAAACACGAAUUGCAGAAAACUCUAAAUAAUCCCCAUCAAGAGAACAGCACCAUGCAAAAUGACAGGUACUUAAUGGAAGAAAUGUUGAAAAAUAAGUCUAUAGAUUAUGAGGCCCUCAAACAGGAUCUGGACACACUCAACAGAACACUGAACAGAUGCUACCAGGAAACUAAAUUUGUUGUAGAUUCCAAACAGCACAGAGGCAAACGGGUUGAAGGAGACUGGUUCUGCUGUGGCAUAAAAUGUUAUUAUUUCAUCAUGGACAAAAAACUCUGGAGUGGAUGUAAACAGACCUGCCGGGACUGCAGCUUAUCCCUAUUGACAAUAGAUGAUGAUGAUGAAUUGAAGUUCCUUCAGCUCCAAAUUAAGCCGAACAGUUACUGGAUCGGGUUAUCAUAUGACACAAGAACAAGGAAAUGGCAAUGGAUUGACGAUGGCCCAUCUAAACUUGACUUGAACACAGCGAAAUUCGAUCAUUAUACUGGAACAUGUGCAUUUUUAUCUAAAACAAGACUCGAUAAUGAUAACUGUGAUCAACUCUACCCCUGUAUCUGUGAGAAGAGACUGGAUAAAUUCGCUGAUUCACUCUUCAGCAGGAGCUAA